AUGGAAAGCCGCAAAGGCGGCUUUUACCUUCUGCUAUUGGCUGAGAAUAUUGAAUCCCGGGUGGUCGUCGUGGACGGUACCUCUUUUGCCCUAAACAGCAAGAAUGCUUCCUACCGCUUUCACGUGGACGAUAGCACUGGCGACCUGCUGUCGGACCAUUUUGGCGGCAGUGUCACUGGGCCUAUACCAACAGAUCCAACUCCGAUUGUCAAUGGUUGGACUGGGAUAUCAGGUCGCGUGCGCCGCGAAUUUCCUGAUCAAGGAAGGGGAGACUUCCGUAGUCCUGCGAUCCGGAUCCGCCAGUCUCACACCAUAUCAGCCCUGCAAUAUCAUUCUCAUACGGUAGUGAAAGGUAAACCUGCCUUGCCUGGACUACCUACUACUUUUGGCAAUGAAUAUGACGUUACCACCAUCGUUAUACAUCUCUACGACAAAUACAGCGCUAUAGCUGCAGACUUGAUGUACUCGGUUUUCCCUAAGUACGAUGCUAUUGUGCGGAGCGCUUCUGUCACGAAUAAGUCCAAGGGGAGCAUUAUAAUCCAGGACUUAGCCAGUCUUAGUGUUGACCUCCCUUGUCAGGAUUUUGAUAUGAUUUACCUAAGCGGUGAAUGGGCGAGAGAAACGCGUAGGCAGAGGCGAAGGAUUAACUACGGGAUACAGGGAUUUCGAAGCAGCACCGGCUUUUCAUCUCACUCGCACAAUCCAUUCCUCGCGCUCACGCAUCCCUCCACCACCGAGUCCCAGGGUGAGGCAUGGGGCUUCUCACUCGUCUACACUGGUUCAUUUGCUGUCAACGUCGAGAAAUGUCCUCAGGGCUUGACGCGUGUCCAACUAGGCUUGAACCCUCACCAGCUAUCUUGGACAUUAGAUCCUAACGAGACCCUUACUUCACCCGAGUGUGUCUCGAUAUACUCCAAAGACGGUGUCGGGGGUAUAUCACGCUCCCUACACGGCCUAUACCGCAAUCACCUCAUUCAGAGUAAAUUCGCGACAGAUAACCGGCCCGUGCUUCUCAACAGUUGGGAAGCUCUAUAUUUCAACAUCAACAGUAGUAACGUCUACCGUAUAGCAAAGGAAUCGGCUUCUUUAGGCGUGAAAUUGUUUGUGUUAGAUGAUGGGUGGUUCGGAAAGGAGUACCCGCGCAUCAGUGAUACAGACGGUCUAGGUGACUGGGUCCCGAAUCCUAUACGCUUUCCUAACGGUCUGGCCCCCUUGGUGAAUGAUAUCACAGCUCUGAAAUCAGCAGCCCUGGAUUCGACAGCUUUGAAAUCGGUCCAGUCGUCUACCAAUCUUCGCUUCGGAAUCUGGAUCGAACCGGAAAUGGUCAACACCAACUCAAGCCUAUACCAUGAUCACCCCGAAUGGGCACUCCACGCAGAUCUGUAUCCACGCACAGAACAGCGGAACCAGCUGAUUCUCAACCUUACUCUGCCUGAAGUUCAAGACUUCAUCAUUAAGUCUGUCUCGGAGAUCCUUAGCAGUGCAGAUAUUACCUACGUGAAGUGGGACCAUAACAGAUGUAUACAUGAGACACCCUCUCCCACUACUCACCACGCAUAUAUGCUAGGCAUGUACCGAGUCUUCGAGAACUUGACAACACGUUUCCCUGAUGUCCUUUGGGAAGGAUGCGCGUCCGGUGGCGGGCGACUUGAUCCUGGUGUUAUGCAGUACUUUCCGCAAAUCUGGACUUCAGACAACACCGACGCAGUAGAACGCAUCUUUACCCAGUUCGGCACCUUGCUCGCAUACCCAGCGAGUUCUAUGUGCGGCCAUAUUUCUGCUGUCCCAAACCAUCAAACAGGGCGUACAGUCCCAUUGGCCUUCCGCGCCCACGUUGCUAUGAUGUGCGGUUCUUUCGGUCUGGAACUUGACCCGGGGGAGAUACCGCCGGAAGAAAAGGCUGCGAUGCCUGAUCUGAUCGCGUUAGCGGAAAAGGUCAACCCAAUCGUGCUGGCUGGUGAUAUGUGGCGACUCAGUCUACCAGAGGAGUCGAAUUGGCCGGCAGUGCUAUUCAUUUUUGGGAAUCAGGCGGUGAUGUUUUUGUACCAGCUUGGGUCCAAGGUGAACCAUGCCCUGCCACGGGUGAAGUUGCAGGGUUUGGGCCCUCAGGAUUUGUACUUUGUUGAUGGGGAGGGGCCUUACUCGGGUGCAAUGUUGAUGAGUCUGGGGUUGCAGUAUUCCUUCAGCAUAGAUUAUGGGAGCAAGGUCGUGUUCCUGGAGAAGGUGUAG